GUUCAGGAUCGAGGCCUUGUUGUCACUGAUCCAAAGGCGAAAGAUAUUGUCAGGGAGCAGAAGAGUUACUGUGCUACGAAAGUGAGAGAGCAACACUUCCAAGGUGACAUUCUGGGAUACGUCACGCCUUUUCUGAAAGAAUUACCAGGGUCUUGAAGAAAUGCUGGAAUAAUACCAUCCACCAGCCCACAAGGAAGCUCAAAGCACAGCUUAUGGGGGUCAAAGAUGACCUGGGACUUGGGUCGGCUGGUGUUUACAGGAUUCUCUGUGAAUGCAGAGCAGAGUGUAUCGGCCAGAUGGGACACAGUGAAAACCCGCGUCAAGGAGCACAGGAGGUGUAUCUGUUUGGGUUACCCAGAGAAAUCGGCCGUAGCAGAACAUUGUAUUCCCAAUGGCCGUGGGAUUGACUUCGACACAAAAUUACUGUGCUGCGCCAAUGGCUUUUGGGACCGUCUGGUAAAGGAAACCAUUGAAAUAAAACAGAGGAAAAGAAUUUUAACAAAGACGAAGGUCUCACUCUUAAGUAAGACCUGGAAUUGGAUUGUAACCUAGGUGGGAGAGCGGAAAGCUGAUUGGAUGAGGACUAACCAAUCAGGAGGGACGGACUACAGGGGUAUAAAUACCACUGGACUAGGGAUGUCCAGGCAUCAUCCCUGAUGAAGAUGGCAGAGCUUGUCGUUGAAAUAUCAGUUAUUAUGGAUACCUGUACCCGGCUGGAAGCCUGUGAAGAGUUUAUUCGUCCUUCUUGAUAUUUCCCGACAUUAUGAACUUUGUACAGUGGGUAUGUUCAGUUGUCACUAUGGUAAGAAAUAUGAAGAACAGCUCCAAAAUACAUUCUUACAAUUUUCUAAGGAGGUGAUUUGUCAAGGUGAAUUUCCUAAUGUGACACCGUGGUGUGUUAGAACCAACUCAUUCCUUUAACUCUUCAUCUGAGAUCCAGUUGGGAACCCUGUGUUCUCUAAUAGUACCAUGUUAACCAGAAUUACAGAAAGUAGCCAUGAAGCAGACGUUGUGAAAAACAGCAUCCUUAGUGUGUUCAGUAGUUUCAUUAUUAACUCUGUCAAUAGGUUGGGUUUAUCAUACAGUAUCUCCUAAGGGUUGUAAAAUACGGAGCAAUUCCGAAAUUACAUUCUCUUGUUGCUUACCUAAAGUGCGAACUGCUUCUGUGUCCUCAUAAUCCCGAUUUACAAUUUUGUUCCGCGUUCGCCGUGACGCGGAACUCUUCUUCUGCUGGCUCCGUCUUCGAGCCUACUUCUUCGGCAAGGACUCUCCCACCCCCUCCGAUGACCCCUCCUCCUGUCUUCAACCCUCCUCCUCUUUGUGGAAACCCCGCUCUGGUCUUCUGCCUGCUCUGGACCUCUUUAUUGCUAACUGCCGACAGGACAUCAGCCGUCUUGACUUCACCGCACCUUGUUCCCAUUCCAACCUCACUCCUUCCGAACGCUCUGCUCUCCACUCCCUUCGCACUAAUUCUAACCUUACUAUAAAACCCACCGAUAAGGGGGGUGCUGUUGUAGUCUGGCGUACUGAUCUCUAUCUUGCCAAGGCAACUCGACAACUCGCGGAUACCUCCUCUUAUUUAGCCCUCGAUCGUGACCUCACUAAGGAGCACCAGGCCAUUGUCUCCCACACCAUCACUGACUUUAUCCGCUCAGGGGAUCUCCCAUCCACUGCUACCAACCCUAUAGUUCCCACACACCGCACUUCCCGUUUCUACCUCCUACCCAAGAUCCACAAACCUGCCUGUCCUGGUAGACCUAUUGUCUCAGCUUGUACCUGCCGCACUGAACUUAUUUCUGCAUACCUCGACACUGUUUUAUCCCCCCUUGUUCAAUCCCUUCCUACCUAUGUUCAUGACACUUCUCACACUCUGAAACUUUUCGAUGAUUUUAAGUUCCCUGGCCUCCUCCGCUUUAUUUUCACCAUGGAUGUUCAGUCCCUAUAUACUUCCAUCCCCCAUCAGCAAGGUCUCAAAGCUCUCCACUUCUUUUUGGAUUCCAGACCUAAUCAGUUCCCCUCUACCACCACUCUGCUUCGUCUAGCGGAAUUAGUCCUUACUCUUAAUAAUUUCUCCUUUGGCUCCUCCUACUUCCUCCAAACUAAAGGUGUAGCUAUGGGCACCCGUAUGGGUCCUAGCUAUGCCUGCCUUUUUGUUGGCUUUGUGGAACAAUCUAUGUCCCAAACCUAUUCUGGUAUCUGUUCCCCACUUUUCCUUCGCUACAUCGAUGACUGCAAUGGCGCUGCUUCCUGCACGCAUGCUGAGCUCGUUGACUUCAUUAACUUUGCCUCCAACUUUCACCCUGCCCUCAAGUUUACCUGGUCCAUUUCCGACACCUCUCUUUCCUUUCUGGAUCUUUCUGUCUCUACCUCUGGAGACAGCUUAUCUACUGAUGUCUACUAUAAGCCUACUGACUCUCACAACUAUCUGGACUAUUCCUCUUCUCACCCUGUCUCUUGCAGAAAUGCCAUCCCCUUCUCGCAAUUCCUCCAUCUCCGCCGCAUCUGCUCUCAGGAUGAGGCUUUUCAUUCUGGGACGAAGGAGAUGUCCUCCUUUUUUAAAGAAAGGGGCUUCCCUUCCUCCAUCAACUCUGCUCUGAAACAUAUCUCCUCCAUUUCACACACAUCUGCUCUCACUCCAUCCUCCCGCCACCCCACUAGGAAUAGGGUUCCCCUUGUCCUCACCUACCACCCCACCAGCCUCCGGGUCCAACAUGUAGUUCUCCGUAACUUCUGCCACCUCCAAAGGGAUCCCACCACUGAGCACAUUUCUCCCUCCCCCCCCACCCCUGCUUUCCGCAGGGAUCGCUGUCUAUGCCACUCCCUUGUCCAUUCGUCCCCCCCAUCCUUCCCCACCAAUCUCCCUCCUGGCACUUAUCCUUGUAAGCAGAACAAGCGCUACACAUGCCCUUACACUUCCUCCCUCACUACCAUUCAGGGCCCCAGACAGUCCUUCCAGGUGAGGCGACACUUCACCUGUGAGUCGGCUGGGGUGAUAUACUGCGUCCGGUGCUCCCGAUGCGGCUUCUAUAUAUUGGCAAGACCCGACGCAGACUGGGAGAUCGUUUGGCUGAACAUCUACGCUCUGUCCGCCAGAGAAAGCAGGAUCUUCCAGUGGCCACACAUUUUAAUUCCAUGUCCCAUUCCCAUUCUGAUAUGUCUAUCCACGUCCCGAAACGUCGACUAUACCUCUUCCUAGAGAUACUGCCUGGCCUGCUGCGUUCACCAGCAACUUUUAUGUGUGUUGCUUACAAUUUUGUUCAUCUUUUGCCUUAGAGAAUCCAACUGGGAGUUUACCUCUGCAAUAUCUAGCAUAUUUACCAUGGAAACUCCAGCAGUGUAUCCUAAUCCCAUAAGUUCAAUAAAGCUUCUUCACCCCUCAUGUCUGGUAUGAGGAGUGGGCUACUGAACAGGAUCAAAGCAGGCUGCAGGGAAUUGUAAAGUUAGUCACUUCCAUUGUGGGUACUAUCCUCCGUAGUAUCCAGAACAUCUUCAAGGAGUGAUGCUUUAAAAUGGCAGUGUCCAUCAUUAAGGACCUUCAUCACCCUGGUCUGCCUUGUUCUUAUGCUACCAUCAGGAAGGAGGUACAGAAGCCUGAAGGUGCACACUCAACAAUUAAGGAACAGCGUCUUUUCCUCUACCAUACAAUCCUGAAUGGACAUUGAGCCCAUGAACACUACCUCACUAAAAAGGAUCCAGUGCUUUCCCAGCAUGUAGGACAAAUAAACUCUUCUCAGGCAUCCAGCUGGAUACAGAUACCUGUACCCUGUUGGAAGUCCGAGAAGAGUUUGUUCGACUAUCUUGUGACUUUUUUAUUUCUAUUUUUGCACUACUUUUUUAAUGUAAGUAUUUUUUAUAUUUAUUUAUUUGUUUGUUUGUAGUAAUUUACAGGUUUUCCCCCUCCAUUAUUAUGUAUUGCAUUAUACUGUUGUUGCAAAGUUAACAAAUUUCACUACAUAUGCCAGUAAACCUGGUUCUGGUUCUGAAAUUCUGAAUGGGUAAAUUAUUCAAUUUAUAAAUGUUGGAAAAGCUCCUGAUGGCUUAUUCCACGCCAGCUAGGAAUUUGGACUGCUGUUAAGUUGAAGAACACUUGCAGAUGUCUAGAGUAAUUUGUUCUUUUUCAUCUAAUGCAAGUACUAUUCCCUAUAUCUGUCUGAACCUCAUCACAACAAAGGGCGAGUAAGAGUUGGCACUGCAGUGGCUGUAGGAUCAGUUGGUAAUGGGAAAUCCUGAGGCUCCAGAGCAACUGGGAUUGAGUUGCCUGAGGCACAUGCUAAUCCUGGAUCUCAUUUCUGAUUUGUGUCCAUUACAUUCACAAUGAAGGUGUAUUUGAGUUAUAAGACCUUUUUUUCCUGAAGCAGGACUGGAAAAAACAGAUUUCCCAUCAUUAUUAUAGUACUGUGGUGACCCACUUUCUGGCACACACGAACCGGCUCACGAAACCGCGCGCAGGCAGAGGGCCGGCCCCAAAAAGGGCGCCAGUCCAUCUUCACCAGCAGGGGGAAAAUCCCGCGCGCAGAAAGGGUCUGGGAAUAUGCAUUCCCCACAGCAGUCCCGCCCCACGGAGGGCGGGAACGGGAAGGCUUUAAAGCAGGCCGCGAAGUUUGAAUAAGUCUCUUUCAUCGCAACUCUAACUCACCGACUCCGUGUGGUUAUUCUAGCGCUGUGUGUAGCACACCGCUACAGUACUCCCAUCUUUCUCCAUAUCACCAUUACUUGACUACGAUUAUCAACAGACAUCGGUCUUAUUUCCUUUACAGUAUCUCAUCUCUGUUCUUAUUAAGUCCAUACCACCAUUUCACCUUCCUCACCCAUACAGUCUAUUACCACGGCAACUAGUGGAAUCCAAAUAGACUUCUCCAUGAAUGUUGUGAAUAUCCAUCUGCAGCCUACCUAAUCUUCAUACUUUGCAUCUGUCCAUAAUUGGCCAAUAAUGUACUUAUUGUAGAACAUGUAACCUUCAGGAAAGCCUUUGACCACUAUGAGGCUGCUCAUCUGUAGUAUUCAAACAUCAAUCAUUUCCAUAUACCUAGAAAACAGAACAUUAAGAAAGAGCACCAUCUGUACUUAACUAAUAAUUUGAUACUUCCUCUAAAUUGAACUCUUCCAUCUCACACUUUAUUUCCAGAAGAUAUGGUAAUGAACGCAGUUUCCUAUCUGUUUCUCCCUUCCAUUGUCUCUACCUUGGCUUCGGUGAUUACAAAGAUUGCCUUGUCUUAACCCUCCCUUCUUGCUGCUGAGUAUGAAGUGAAUUAUCCUUAAACUCUGGGUGGAACCUGGAGGUGGUUGCCGAACUCAAGGCAACUGCUCCUUCAUCCUUAUUAUCAUCAUAGAUUUUCUAAGAGUAAAUCUGAGAGGUCAUCCCAUAAACAGUGUGACUUAUGGUCCUCAGCUACUAGAGGAAAUUGAGUUUCAACAAGGGGUUUAAGUUGGUUAAUACGAUACCAACCUAGCUUAUUAGAAGUCUUGUUUUAGUAGACUGAUGGGCUAACUCUGUGAAUGGCAUCAAACGGCCCUUUAAAUCUCAGAGAUGUAAAAGAACCUUGCUGAUGUACUGAGGUCAUAACCUUCUGUUUUAUUUCCAACACCCUAGGUUUUGUUCGCUUGUCAAAACAAGCUUUACUCUGCUGUUUCUUCCAUCCCAUAUUAAGGUUCAAAUGUUCACUUUUCAAAGUAUACUACUCUGAAAUUCUGUGGGUAGCCCUGUGAAACACCCUGGUCUCCUUGUUUACGCAAGUCUAGGGAAGACUCUCUCAAGUCCUGCCAAACCUAUGAGAUUGAGAUGACUUGUCCCACCCCAAACCCUGGUUUGUGUGGAUGCUGUGUAAUUUGCUACCCUGUUUCAAAUUAGUGCCACAAAGUAACAGACGGUACACUGCAUAUGAUUAAAGGAAUUAUAUUUAUUUAUCUUAACUAAGGGGUUAGUAAAGAAUAACAAAAAAGGAAAGGACCCAUUUUAAUUAAACAGUCAAAUAUGCACAAGUUGGAGCUCAUCUUGAACUUCUCUGUCUCUCACGUGUUGGGCCCUCGGUCAGCGUGAAAGCACACACCACCUUCCGGACGUCGCUCGUAAUCCAUCUCAAACAAGCAGGUCUCCCACUGGAUCGUAUGCUCCCCAGCGUCUUCUCUCUUCCUCUCCUCUCGAACAAAAGCCCAAGACCAACCUUAUUGUCCCUCAGCAAGAAAGCUUCCUGCUGAUUGGAUGGCACACAUUCCACAUCAACAAUAACCCAAACAGGCUGAAAGCGGAACAGCAGCUCUUACAGAGCUUCUAAAUGAAAUACCUAUAGCAUAACAGUAAAGAUGUGAACCAGGGCAUUACACAUGAAACCAAGAAAGAUACCAUGUUCAUCAACCCCCUUAUCCCACCUCUUCGCAAAAAGAACCCAAAAAUGGAACAGGCACAUCGACCCCCAAAUCCCUCCUCCCACACAAAAUUGUGUCCUGUGAUGUAAUAGCCUUCCUUAAUAGUAUCAUUAGUUGUUGUAUCCAUUUAUCCUUUACAAUACCUUCAUACUCGGGCUCUGAUAAAUCUAGCCCAACCAGGAAUUCUGACCCCUCAUUUCUCUCCCACCAUCAACUUAAAUAGUGCAAGUCUAGUGUAAGAAGCUAGUGUGGUAUAGAUGAUCGAAAGGACAUUGGUAAGACAGUCACCUAUGUGGUCCUGUGCUGUUUAGCCAUUUUAGCUACCCUUGUAUUUAAAGUCCUUUUCAUGUGUUCAACAUUUCCACUGCAUUGUGGAACCCCUGUUUCACCCAGAGCAGCUUCAUCUGUGUGGUGAAGUGGGAUCGUGAACUGAUUCUAGAGUCCUUGGCAAUUUCUCAAUGGGUUUAGAAACUCUCUCAAACAACAUCCUGGCUGUAACCUUAGAGAUGUUAUUUCUGGUUGGGAAGUCUCUAUGCAAUUGGUGAAAAUAUAGACUAUCAUCGCCAGGAUUUAUUUCAGUCCUUCAGGGUUUGGAGGUAAAGGUGAAACAGAAUCAAUCUGCAAGUUAACCCCUGUCUUAAAACUGUGAUUCUUGCCAAGUUAUCAGAGUUAUAAUGAGCACAGGUCAAACAGUGCUUACAAUAAUAUUCUACAUCUCCUCACAUUUUCAGUCACUGACACAGAUUCUUCAACUGUUCCAUAGUUCUGUCUGCUCAUGGAUGCCCCAAAAUGUCAUGUUACCAAUACAUCAUCUGGUUUCUUUUACCUUAUGGCACCACACAUCUAGCAUUAUUAAAUGCAAUUCUAAUCUGUACCUGUAUUCCUCGAUAUCUCCCAUACACUUCAGAAUUCUCUCCUCUCUGUACCUUUGCUAACUCUGGAUCCUGUUGCGGUACCUUGACUAAGUCCAUAGGUAUACUGUUUGUUGGUUUCUGUGACAUCACUCCCUCUACAUCUGGAUUCUGUUUUGCCCUACACUUUGCUCCUACUUUGGCUAACUCAUCCGUCUUCCUGUUCCUUUCCGGGGAUGUCUUUACGUGAGCCUUCAUCUUUACUCUAUCAAUGUUUCUUCUGGCCAUUCUUAAAAUAUACUUCAACAAGGGUGGUGAUGGUAAAGGUUUACUAUCUGCUGAAAUGUAACCUCAGACUUCCUGUAACGGUAAAUAUUCAAACUAUUUCAAACAUAUCUGGGUGUAUGAUUGCUCCUGAAGGAUACCUGUCCAGAUGGCUGACAGCUAAAGCUAUAGCAGCAAACUCUGCCACUUGUUGCAUUCAUUGUUUUAGGUAACUUGAUCGUAAUACCUUUGAUCUUUACUCUUUCCUCAUCCACCACAUCCUGUAAGCCUCUCUCCAUCAUGAAAUGAUGCUGAUCUGUCAGCAAAGACCCUUAAAUAGGAACUUUCCAAUUGCAUGAUUUUAGUUGCCUUUCCUGAUUUUAAGAUGGGAAUGAAUGGUCCGUCCAUUUUGUCCAUGUACUACUGUCACCUGACACUCAUGAGGUUAAAUUGUCUUCGAGCUCAGUUGUACUGCUAACUCUUGUAACUGUGACAUUAGGACCAUGCAUUAACAAAGUCUAUUGGACUAACUGAGUUUGACUGACUGUUCCAUUCUUGAUACAACCAUUCAACAAAAGCUGAAUUGGAGUAAGCUCUGUUAAAACUCGCAGUAUCAGUGAAAUACACUGCUAAUAGAUGACAUUCACAUGUUGUAUAUCCUUGCUUUACUGCAGUGAGGAUUUGAGAUGCAUACACCAUUGGCUCCAGUUGACCAUGGAGUAACAUAGCUGAUAUUGUGGUGCCCAAGAGAAUGGCUGGGAAGGAUUUGGAGUCUUAAGAGCAGAUGCUCCUGCAAGGCUAGUUUUAAGAUCUGAUACUACCUUAGUGUGUUCUGAUUUCCAUUUCCAUAAACUUUGGUAGCAAAGCCACCUGUGUGGUCUCUAUAAUAUGCCACCAAACUGAGAAAUUCCCUUGCAUCAGUGGGAAAAGGUUUUGCUGUGCCAUCCUCACUGUGUUUAUCAAUCUCUCGUCUCCCAGAGGUUAUGACCACUUCCAAGUAAAUAACUGCUGCCUCAUGAUUUGAGCCUUUUUAGGGUUAACCCUCAAAUCCAUCUCCUGCAACAGUUGCAGUAGUUCUUUAAGUGUAGUGGUGCUAGAAAGUUUGUGAACCCUGUAGAAUUUUUUCUAUUUCUGCAUAAAUAUGACCUAAAAUGUGAUCAGAUCUUCACUCGUCCUAAAACUAGAUAAACAGAACCCAGCUAAAUAAAUAACAGAAAAACAUAUACUUGUUCAUUUAUUUAUUGAGAAAAAUGAUCCAAUAGUACAUGUAUUUGUUGGAAAAAGUGUGAAUCUCUGGGGUAAUGCCUUCUGCAAAAGCUAUUUGGAGUCAGGUUUUCCAAUCAAUGAGAUGAGAUCGGAGGUGUGGGUUGUAGAGGUGUCCUGCUCAUUUAAAAAAAAACACACACACACACACACACACACACACACACGCGCGCGUGCGCGUCAGGUUACUGACGGAACCUACUCGUCUCAAGAAAGAUCUGUUUAUGUGCACCAUGCCUUCGUCAAAACAACUUUCAGUGACCUUAGGAGAAAAAUUGUAGCAAUGCAUGAAGCUGAAAAAGGCUACAAAAGCAUUUCUAAAGACUUGAGUGUUCAUCAGUCCACAGUAAAAGAAAUUGUCUACAAAUGGAGGAAUGAACUUGUAAUGCUCCUCUUGGGUCUCUGUCUGUAACAGCAGGUCAUCUACAUAUUGAAUUAAACAUUGGGGAUCUGAAAAAAUUUUCAGACUCAUUUGCUAAACUUUGAUGGAAAAUGGAGGGCGAAUUAUGAAAGCCUUGUGACAAAAUUGUCCGUGUAUACUGUUGUACUUUUGAAGUGAAAGGUAAUUUAUAUUGACACUCCUUUUCCAAUAGAACAGACCAAAACCCAUUACUCAUAUCCCGUACUGAGAACCACUUUGGUACAGUAUUUUGCUUAAUCGUAGUCUCUGGAUUUAUGGCAACUUUAGGGGUAGUUAAAGGGUAUCUUCUGGUAAGAAGGCAGCAUGUUCAGAUGCAGCGGCCUCUUCAAUGCCAACCAAAGGUGUUUCUGUAUUUUAAUCGCCUUUUUUUACAAAUGCAAGACAAUGCUGGACAUUAAGAACUUCAAGUACUGCAGGUCUACCCCAUCAGUGAGUUGCUUGUUAGCGUAGAAGCUGGACUUGGUGUGGACCAUCUAGCUGCCUGCUGCAGAAAGACAUCGGAGUCUGUCAGCGAAGGCGUUGUGCAGUCUAACACCAAGUGAUUGACUUGGAUGUUUUUCUUGUGGUUGCAAGACUCUGUUGGACAUUGUAAUGUAAAAUAUUGUAAAUCCCGUUUACUGGUUUAUUGGGAAGACCGACAGUGGGGGAAGCUAUGUGGCCUUGGUUGUAGCAAGAACAAGGCCUCAUGCCGCGUGCUUGCCUGUUGCAGGAGUCCAGGAUGGAUGAUGCUGGAUUGGGGGUUGGCCCCUCCUGUCGGUCCUGCCCUUGACAGAAAACUAGCUGAAUUGUGAGCGUGCAUGUGUACGUUUGUUUGUAGACUGCUGAGAACUGUUUGUUCUUGCCAACAAUACCCAUGCAUCAUCAAUUUACAGGUCACAUCUCUCAUUUACUGCUGUCUUAUAUGUGCUAUAUGUUCAAAAUUUAAAAUACAUUUAUUAUCAAAGUACAUAAAUGUCAGCAUAAAUAACCCUGAAAUUUGUUUUCUUAUGGCCAUACAUAGUAAAUCCAAGAAAUGUAUCCAAGAGUAUAUCCAGAAAUCCAAGAAUAUGUACCUUGUGCUGUAUACUGUUGGUACUGUGUUUUGCACAUUGGCUCUGGAGGAACACUGUUGUUUGGCUGUAUUCAUGUAUGAUUGAAUGAUAAUUAAACCUGAACUUGAACUUUAUUCAGUUCCC